AUGGCGUCAAUUCGCUCCCAGCCAGAUUCCGUGGCGCUGCGCCAGUCCGUUGAAGUACCGGCCCAUCACCCAGGUAGGGAGAACGGGAGCCGAAGACUUGCCACGCACGCCAUGGCCAUGGCGGUCGAAGAGCCCCUUGAGUCCGAGAUUGGCGGCGAGCACGUCACGCAGUCGAUGGAAGAAGGAGAGCGUCCGUCGAGGAACAACUGUGGUGAGGACGACGCCCAUGGACGAACCGACUUAACUAUCGCCAUCUCCUCUACAAGCAAAAUGGCCGGCCAAACAGUCGCUCCUUUUCUUGCGAAACAUAUCCCCGAUCAAUACGCUCCCUUAGGUGUCCAGGCCACUCCCAGUUCUAUUUCGAAGCACACCCACAACAUCUCAGAUCAAGAUCCCAAUUCAAAAUACUGCUACCGGCAUCGUCCGGAUUCCAAGUGUCGGAGGACCGCCGACGAGCCGACGAUGGAGAACCUUCAAAGAGAACUCGAAACCUUGACACACGCGGACCAGCAAGGCAUUUCUCAUGUUUGGUCACUCUUCUCCGCGGCGCCAGCCAAACAGAGAAACCUUAUGCUCCAGGGAAUCCUCGCGCAGUGCUGUUUCCCUCAGUUAUCGUACCUCUCCACCACAGUCCGCGACCUGAUUCGCAUCGACUUCAUCAGUGCCCUCCCUUCCGAAAUAUCCUUCAAGAUUUUAUGCUACCUCGACACCACUUCACUCUGCAAGGCGGCGCAGGUCAGCCCGAAUUGGCGGUUGCUUGCGGAUGACGAUGUGGUAUGGCAUAAGAUGUGUGAGCAGCAUAUUGACCGGAAAUGCACCAAGUGUGGGUGGGGGCUACCACUGCUUGAGCGGAAAAGAUUAAGGGACUGGAAGCGCCAGCAACAAUUGCGAGCAACUGGUCGUGGUCUCAACCAAUGGUCACCUCAGUUAACUCCUUUACCGGAUGAUGGAAGUGUGCCCGGAACAGAUAAAGUCGUCUCGGUGAGGGGUGCAACCAAGAGAGAUGCCAAUACCUUUACGUCGGAUAAUGCUCCAGAAGCCACUCUUACUAAACGGCAAAGAAUGAAUCCCGAAGACCCGUGCCCCACGAAACCUAAAUUUAGACCUUGGAAGGACGUAUAUAAGGCUAGAUUUAAGGUCGGAACGAACUGGAAAUAUGGGCGGUGCUCAACCAAGAUUUUCAGAGGCCACACGAAUGGGGUCAUGUGCCUACAAUUCGACGACAAUAUCCUGGCAACUGGCUCAUACGACUCGACAAUCAAGAUAUGGGAUAUUGAGACCGGAGAGUGCCUUCGCACGCUACGUGGACACACAUCCGGCAUUCGAGCGCUCCAGUUUGACGAUACGAAACUAAUCAGCGGUAGCCUGGACCGAACCCUCCGUGUCUGGAAUUGGAGGACCGGAGAAUGUAUUUCGACGUACCAAGGACAUACUGAAGGCGUCAUUGCGGUUAAUUUCGAGGGUAAUAUCCUUGCCUCAGGAUCCAUCGACAAGACUAUCAAGAUUUGGAACUUCGAGGACAAGUCUGUCUUUUGCUUGCGAGGCCACAAAGACUGGGUUAAUGCAGUCAGAGUUGAUGCCGCCUCACGCACUGUUUUGUCCGCAUCGGACGACUGCACUGUUCGGCUAUGGGAUCUAGACACUAGAACCACAAUCCAAACCUUUGAAGGCCAUGUCGGACAAGUUCAACAAGUUAUCUUGCUGCCACCAGAAUAUGAGCCUGAUGACGGCGAAGCGGCGGAUGUUGAUGAUGGUACCAGCAGCACAACAAGCAGCACAGAUCUCAAUGUGCCUAUUCACACAUCCACGUCAGUCUUCGACACAUGGCCAUCGUGCCGUCCACGACCCUCCAGAUAUAUGGUCACCGGCGGUCUCGACUCCACUGUCCGGCUCUGGGAUGUCCACACCGGCAGAUGUCUCAAAACCUUCUUCGGUCAUCUAGAGGGUGUAUGGGCAUUAGCCGGCGAUACACUCCGAGUCGUUUCCGGUGCUGAGGAUCGAAUGGUUAAGGUCUGGGAUGCGAGGACUGGCAAGUGCGAGAAAACUUUUAGUGGCCAUGCUGCGCCGGUCACUUGUAUUGGGCUCAGCGACAGCAGAAUGUGUACCGGGAGCGAGGAUUGCGAGGUGAGAAUGUAUAGCUUUAAGAGCGAAGAUGGAGAUGUGGUUUCGAUCCAGGGAGAUGGCGUAUGA